CAAAACCAUUGGAAUGGAGCAUUGGAACUGUGGGCCAAACAUACUAGGAAAUACUUAGAACUUGAUGAGUAUGCAAGAAUAGUACAGUCUAAAAAUCAAAAUAAAGUAUUUCCAAUGAGAAUAAAAAUAACAGAGGCUGAAGAAAUCAAAGAUGGCACGCAUGGAAAUGAAGCUCCAGUAAUACACACUUGUUGUAAUGUAUUUUCAUGAAAAAGAAGAACUUUUAUAUGUUGUGGUUGACGAAGAAGCAAACCAAGACCAAAUACGUGAUGCUCCUACAAAUGUUACCCCAGUACUUGUUAUAAAAGGUAAAUCUAUCUAUGAUGAUAAGGCCGAAUUUUUCGUCGUCAUCGAAAAAAAUGUUUUACGAGUUGCUAACAUACUGAACGGAGUAUUAUUAACUUUGUUGAGUUACUAUAUUUUCAACUUGGAGUAUCCAGUUGGUUUAGAGAAUACACUCGAAUUUAUUCAAAGAUUAUUCCUCGCCAUUAAUUGUACAAUUAAUAAUAAAGAAAGCAGGAAAAAAGCUGGUAAACAGCCCAAGAAAUUACCAGCAGGUUUCAAUCGAAAAGUGAUAAAACUAAUCGAUGAAAUUAACCUUUUAAAAACUUAAGAAUAGUUUGAUAUAUUUGGAUUUAUUUUAGUUUAUAUUUAGAUUGCCAGCUCAAUAUUAGUGUCAGUUAUACACAUAUACAUAUCGAAACACUUACACAAUCAACAACUCCAACUCAAUCUAUUGUGUGUUGACUGAGACAAUACAAUGGAUUUUCGUGUAGCUGAAAAUGUGCCAUCAUUGUUGACUAUCAAAAUGAUGCUCUAUGCCAAACUAGAGAAUGCUCUGGUGGAGUUUAACACAGCUCAUGGAGAAGCGAACCUCCACAUGGACUCAUCAAAGCUAAUAUUUCUAUGCUCAAAGAAGAGUAGGCAGAAUUUAACUCCAAUGAAAAAUAUACACAAUUUCAUUUAUGUCAAAAAGAUAAGUCAGUAAUUAAAAUCAUUGAAGAACAUGAUUAUAUUAAACUUGAUAUAUAUCAUAAUGCACGAUCAUCCUACAUGCAUGAUCUUGGCAUCAUGAUGGAAGAAUUGGUUCAAUAUGAAACACCUGAAAUACCUCAACCAACUCCAACAACAAAUUUAGAAAAAUUAAAUAUCACUCCAUUUUCAGGUGAUUUUAAUCAAUGGAUCACGUUUAAAGAUACAUUCGACUCAAGAAUAAUUCAAGCGAACAUCUCUGAUACUGACAAACAUGCUUAUUUAGUCCAAUAUACUACUGGACCAGCUUAAGAACACAUUAAAUCCAUCAAGGUAUCAAAAGAUGGAUUUGCAAAAGCGUGGAAAGCAUUAGAUGACCAUAUUAUAAUAAUAACCCUGACGGAACGCUACAAGGCUUGUUUUGUCCAAAAAUACAUGGCUUAUUCAAGCCUUGUAGGCGUGGCUUGAACGAUACUUGUAUACAAGGUUUGAACAAGUCUUGUACAAGGCUGUGUUAACAGACUGAAUCGCUGAGAUCGAUUACAAUACUCGUUCAAGCCUUGUACGAGCGUGGUUACAAGGCUUGUACAAUGUAUGUACAACGAUGGUUUUUGAUUUGGUUUAUCGCUCCCGUGUAUUCUGCUUGUACGAGCAAUGUACAAGCCAUGUAUACAAUACUUGUACAAGACUCACACAAGACUUGUUGAAAGUUACAAGCAUUGUACAACUCUCGCACAAGGGUUGUAAGCAAUGCUUGUACAAUACUCGUACAAUACCGGAAUAAAAGCGGCUUCCAACGGUUCUCAACUAACUUACAAUAUUGUGUUUACUUAUAAAAGACGGUUUUAAAAGCUUUUUACGAUAUUUACUAGCAUUUAAGCGUUAAUAUUUUUAUAUUAAUAAAUAAAAAGAAAAUUGCUUUGAUUUUUUAGUGUUAAAU